AAAGUUCACAGCCGGGUCACCUGAUUGGCUGAUGCGGGUGAAGGAGGCUGUGACGGACAGCAGGUGUUGACAUAUAGAGCUUCUCUGACCGGCGUCUGUCUCCUCCUCUCAUUCAACAACAACACACCCUUCAUUUCUGCAACACAGGCGCUGCUGACUCGCUGCCCUCCAUCCUCACCAACAUGAGUCCAAAGAAUGUCGUUUUCAAGAAGAUCUGCAAAGACAAGUCGGUUGGAGUCUACAUGGGGAAAAGAGACUUUGUCGACCGUGUCGACUCUGUGGAUCCAGUGGAUGGCGUCAUCCUCAUUGAUCCUGAGGCUCUGCAGGGGAGGAAAGUGUUCGUCACCCUGUCUUGCACCUUUCGCUACGGCAGAGAUGACAUGGACGUGAUGGGAAUCGCCUUCCGCAGGGAGCUGUACCUGUCAACCCGCCAGGUGUACCCGCCUCUGCAGGACCGUGAGAAAGGAAUCCACACCAAGACACAGGCCCGGCUGCUGCGCAAGCUGGGAGACAACGCCCACCCGUUCUUCUUUGAGUUUCCUGACAACCUGCCUUGCUCAGUGGCUCUCCAGCCAGCGCCCCAUGACGUCGGCAAGCAAUGUGCCGUGGAGUUUGAGAUCAAAGCGUUCAGCGCUGAGAGCCAGGACGCUAAAGUACGGAAACGGAGCUCAGUGAAGCUGAUGCUCAGGAAGGUCCAGUACGCCCCAGAGGGCGAGGGAGAGGGAGUGGCGCCCUCCAUUGAAACCACCAGGGACUUUGUCAUGUCAGACAAACCACUGCAUGUCAAGGCCAGUCUGGACAAAGAGCUUUACUACCAUGGCGAAGUCAUCAAGGUGCACGUCAACGUCACGAACAGCUCCAGCAAAAACAUCAAGAACAUCAUCGUCUCUGUGGAUCAGGUCUCCACAGUGGUCUUGUACUCCAAUGACAUCUACGUCAAAUCUGUGGCCAUCGAGGAGUAUGGGGAUUCAGUGUCUGCGGGAGGGACGCUGGAGAAAGUCUACAAGCUGCUGCCUCUGCUGGCCAACAACAGGGAGAGGAGGGGCAUCGCUCUGGACGGCAAACUGAAGCACGAAGACACCAACCUGGCGUCAUCGAGCAUCAUCAAGGAGGGUGUGUUGAAGGAGGUCAUGGGCAUGAUGGUUUCAUACAGAGUCAUGGUGAAGCUCAUCGUUGGAGGGAUGAUGGGAUCAAGUGAGGUCGGCCUGGAAGUUCCCUUUAAACUGAUGCAUCCUAAACCUGACGCAGUGAAGGAGAGUGAGUUGGAGGAAGAGAUGGUGUUCCAGGAGUUCAAGCGCUCCUACCUGAAGGGGAUAGUCGCCGAUGACGAGGACGAAGAGGGAAACGUGUCGGGUGGUGACGACAUGGCGCCCAAAGAGAAGUAGAGGAAAGAGUCGACCAGGGUGACGACAGCUGAAACAAAGACAGCUGGGAGUUUGAGUCGCCUCAGAGUUUGUGAUAGAAAAAGAUGAGAUUUAGUUAAAGGACCAUGUCUGUAAUUCUGCAUGUUUCAGCAUCUCGCAGAUGUACUUCACACCACUGUCUCUCGCUGACGCACUGACUGUGAAAACCUACAAGUCAACAGGCGAGAAACUCAGUGAUGAAAUGAUCAGCUUCCUCGAAAACUCCACCAUUGGCUUUUUCCGUUGUGACUGUGACAAAAAUUGCUUUUAGUAGAUUUUGACAUCACAGAGCUGAACACAAGACUUGACAUUUAGCAUUAAGCUGCAAUAAGUGAUUUAGGGGCAGAAAGUCUCCAGCAACUCCCUACAGUUUUACAUUGCAUGUCUGUCUACUUGCAGUGUCUCUAAUUCUGUCAGAUUCUCUGCAACAAACACAUGGCACAAAUAUUUGAUUACAACGUCCCUUUUGAAGAGCGAUCUGAUAUAUUAAGGUUGGUCUUUCUAAGGUAUGCUUGGAAUAUAGGACAACGGUGUUCAUGGUGCCUGUAAACAGUGAGGAAUAUGUGAGACGGAUUUCCUCUUUUUAAAACACUGAUGUGAUGUCAGUGGGAGGCAGAGGAAAAAAAAAAAAAAAGAAUUAUAACUUUCUCUUGCCUCACAGUUUCCUGCAAACACGCAAAACCACAGAUAUGGUCCAAAGGAUCCUUUUAACGUAAUUUGAAAAGAAAAUGUUCAGUGCUUUUGUACUUUUAGUAACGUACAUAGUAUCUGACUCAUGUCCGGAUCUGAAGUAACUUGAGACAUCAUCAGUCCGUUCAUCACCUGUUCUUUUCCUACGACAGGAGAAUGAUGGACGGCAGGAGACGGCAAAGAAGCUGGAGUGUCAUAAUAUUUGAGCUGGGAUUAUGAAUUUUAAAUGUUUAAAAAUGUGAUGAUUAUUAAAAAACAUUCAACUUUACUCUCAGAAAGGACAAAAUCACAAGCUCCUUAUAAAUAAUGAGAAUUAGAGCACAUGAGCGUUGAAACCAGCCGACACAGAUGCCAGACGACGCCGUCGUCAACGCACUGGCUGAGUUUCUUCUCUGCUCAGCUCUGGGGGAAACAGUCAGUUGUUGCAAUCAGCUGAUGAGUUCAGAUUUACCGUAGAAACAUUUGUAUAGAAGGCUGCGUUUUAUUUGGCUUUUAAAGGAGAUGUGAAGCUCUGUGCGACUGUGCAGUUUGAACACCUGUGACAAUAAAAGCUGUUUGAUCCAUUCUUGCAUUA